CACACACACACACACACACACACACACACACACACACACAGCCUGACUGAGGCAGUCAGGAAGCAGCUCCACAGUUUUCCUGUAGCAGCGAUAGUCUGUGGACAUUUUGGAGUUUCUGUAUUUAUACUGUCAUCAUGGUGACCACGGAGACUCACCAGUCUCAGGACCUUCUGGUCCCCCCACAGAACCAGGACCAGCAGGACCCGGAGAACCAGCAAGAAGAGGACCCAGCCUCGCCCUCUUCCCAACUCAUGGGAUUCGAUCCAGAGAAGAUGAGUCAGGGCCCCGUCAACGCCAUCACAGUCCUCACCCUGCUGGAUAAGCUGGUCAAUAUGCUGGACGCCGUGCAGGAAAACCAGCACAAGAUGGAGGUGCACCAGAUGGAGAUGGAGGGCGUGGUCAGAGGGAUCCAGGCUGACAUGACCAAACUUUCCAAGAGUCACAGUCACACCUCGAACACCGUCAGCAAACUGCUGGACAAGAGCCGCAAGCUGUCUGUCACCAUGAAGGAGAUUCGUGAUAAGAUGGAGCGCCAGGGCAUGCAGGUGAAGAAGCUGCAGGCGAACCAUGCCCAUCUGAUCAACAGGAACAACUUCAGAGUCCUCAUCUUCCAGGAGGAGAACGAGAUCCCCUCCACUGUUUUUGUGAAGGAUCCUCCUCCAUACCCUCGGGAUGAGAUUUUGGAGGAAGGUGAGGAAGGCAGCAUUGAUGUCAACUGUUCCCAAGAGGGUGGGCUCCAUACUAUUGACCUGUCAUCUGACGAAGAUGUGGGGCUGGAGGCAGAGAUAGAGGAUGAGGAGGUGUGGCCUCAAGAUUUGGAGAACAUGGAGAAGUCCAGAGCUGAGAAACUGAAACAUUCCAGUCUGAAGAAGGUCGACAGCCUGAAGAAGGCAUUCUCCAGGCAGAACAUUGAGAAGAAGAUGACAAAGAUUGGAACAAAGAUAGUUUCUGCAGAACAAAGAGAGAAGAUCAAACAGAGGACCUCCAGCUUGAAGGUUUCACCUUUGAGCUUCCACAUCAGGAAGCCUCGCAGUAGCUCUGAUUCUCAGCCUCCAGAGGCCUCUGCUCCAACUGAGGAGUCACUUACUACUGAAGCCGACAUCCAGCUCUCCCCACUGGGAAGCACUGACCAGGAGGUCUCCUUCACAGAGGUUCAUGCCCAGCUGGCCCCAGAUGAGCCACAGGAAGAGAUGGUGAAAAAGGAGAUGAAAGAAGAGAAGGAGGUGGUGAAAGACCAGGAGACAUCUGUUGUGGUGGAGGCUAAUGUGUCAGUGGUUUCUGAGGGAGUUGGAGAAGAGUAUGCGCUGUCCUCCACACUCCCUCAGGAGGAGAAAGGAGAGGAGGAGAAGGUGGAUGAAUUCUAAACACUUCUCUGGUAUUGGAGGUUCAUCAGUGACUAAACAAAUCUGAGCUAUAAUCAAUCAGAGUCCAGAUCUUCUAAAAGAAACAUUUCAAUUUCCUUUCACUGAAGUUCCUCUUGAGCUCUCCUUAAAUUCUCCAAUUCGGUCCUUAAAGAUUCUCCAAAGGUUACCUUAAAGUCCCACUGGGUUUCCCCAGUUAAAGAACCCCAGGUUUCCUACAACAAUCCCAAAGUUCCCUUCAAUAAAAAACUUGAUGAGGUUCCUUUAAGAGUUCUCUGGGGUUCCUCCAAAGUUUUUCUUCUUUCAUGUUUCUGGUCAUUUUGCUAAACUAGGCUGAGCAGCUGCUUGCUGUAGCUUCAUAGUUACAGAUCUGAAAAUGUUACAAUGUUCCUUCAAGGUUUGAAGCUCAGUUUUGUUCUGUACUGGAUCAAUAAUUCAGAGUAUUGAUAAACCUCCACAAACAUCUGCUGUGUUACAUGUGACCCUGAAAACUACGUAUCUCAUAAAGUAUUGAGGAACCAGUGUUCCUCACGCUCUGUUAUGUUCAUUUAUGUUUAAGGUUAAAAGUCUGUAUGACGUUGGAGAACUUUAAUUCUUCCACUGAGCUGAAACCUGAAGCUAGAACGUGGAGAUAAGGGGUUUCUACAGUUUUAAUAUAUCUUUAUGUUCCUUCUUUUGUUGCUGACCUACAGUACACUCUGUAUAAGAAGCUGACUGAUGUAACUCUGAUGAUCAGCCUGAUCAGGAACCUUCACAGCAUAAACCAUUUACUCAGUAGACCCCAGUUAAGUUCUAAAUCGCUACCUGUCAAUCAUCCAAAACUCAGGGAACACAAAGUCAUCAUGGUGCUAAACAGACCCUUAAAAUGUUCCCAAAAGGUUGCAAUAAUGUUCUACAAGCUGUCACCUAAUGAUCCUUCAGGUUAUUAGAACAUUAUGCCAGUGUUCCACUAUGGUUCCUCAGGAGAUCCCUAAGUAUCGUGUAACUUGAAAGUCUCAUGAAGGAUUUUACAUCCGCCGAGUGCUCUCCAGGGUUCCAGUAGCAUUCUGGUAACAAUCCCCAUUCUUACAUUGCCUAAAUGUUCCUCCAAUGUUUGUCUUAAAUUAUUGUUUGGUUCAGAUGAGAUUUUAAUGUACUCUUCUUGUCCCCAAAGGUUCUAAAAGGUUCUCAAGAGAUUCCCUCUAGAACUGUCUAAAUUCUUAUUUGACUGCUCCGAUGUUCCAGACUCAUAUUUGGAACUAGUUUCACUUAAACAUUCCCUUCAACUUUCCUAUUAAAUGGCUUUAAAUUUUUUCAAGGACUCUUAGCUGUUAACAUCAGGUCCCCCUGAUGUUCCUCUAACAUUCCCUAGUGCCUUCUUAAGUGCUCCCAAAAAUAUCCUAAGCAUUCCCUAAAGGUUCCCCUGGUGAGUCACUUGUGUUUUCCUAAUGUUCAGCUGCAAUUCCCCUGAUGUUUAUGUUCUGCUGAGGUUCUCCUGACAUUCCUCUAGUGUUCUUCUGAGAUUACUGCUUGUUUCAGUUGCUAUGUUGAUUUACUGAACAAGAAUUUGUAUCUGAUGUUUGCUUUUCAUUUUUUGACUUUUCAAUUGUUUAUUCUCUCUGUGCUUAUCAAUAAAUUGCCUUUUCCAGCUUAUUAAUGACAGAAGUAUUUGUAACCACAGUGUUAACCUGCUGAGCAGACCCGAUUGGACUUUUUGAUUAGUUGAUCAGUUUGUUGCCUUCAGGUUUAACAUUGCAGUUUUUCUUAUAUUUUAUCGCAAGAACAAACUUUGUGCUGCCAAAGAACAUUUCCUGUUCCAAUUGAUCACCUGUCGAUCAAUCACCUGAACCCUACAUAAUCAAUAAAACUUUUAAAACCACA